CAAGCCCUCGCGCGUGCACGCCCCGCGAAUCGAAGCGAAGGUCCUCUUCGUCUUCCCGGCUCGAAAUUUCGGGAUCGUCGAUUCCCCGAGGAAUCAGGACCCGAUCGACCCCUUCCGAUAUCUCGGACAAUCGGGCCGUGAACGGGGUGGAUUUCGUCACCGAAUUUCCGACCGAGUCGACGAGGCUCUGAUCUCCUUCCCAGUGGUGCGGUUUGCCGCGCGCUCUCGAGGUCGACGUCGAUCCCAGAAGACGCCCAGACCCGGAAGAAGGGAUUCAGAGUCGUAUUCUGUCCUUUUAAAGGGAUGCCGAGGUCGCCGUAGGAGCGGGGAUGGUCCCUUCGAGAGGCUCUUCGUCGUUCCUCGCUCCUGCAGGAAGAGUCUCGAGGAAUCCCUGAGGAUCGCCCCGUGUGCAGGAUGUCGCUGACCCAGCGACUUUCCGGCGCCGUUGCAGCUCUGAGAGGCACCUCGGCGGACGGGAAGGCAGACCAUACGUCCGGCGCUGAGGAAAUCGAGAAGAUGACGUCCGAGGACGAGGUCGAGCCUAAAGGGAAGCUCCUGGUGACACCUCUGGACAGGCUGCAGAUGGUGGUGAACUGGUUCGGCGAGAACCUGCUACUGACCUUGACCAUAGCCGGCGUUUUGGUGGGUCUGGCGUUAGGCUUCCUAGGGCGGUUAGCCGAAUUCUCCCCCCAGUCCAUAAUGUUAGUCAGUUUCCCUGGAGAAAUACUCAUGCGUAUGUUAAAAAUGUUCAUCCUCCCGCUCAUCGUCUCGUCGUUAAUCGCUGGAAUGGCUCAGUUAGACGCAAGAAGCUCCGGAAGAAUAGGCUUUAGAGCUUUAACGUAUUACAUGGUCACCACGGUUCUCGCGGCGAUCGUGGGCAUCGCCAUGGUCUUGAUAAUCCAUCCUGGUGAUCCGCGGAUCAAGGCGACGGUCGUGGCUCCUUCCGGGGAACAAACAAAGGUCUCCACUUUGGACGCCAUCCUGGACAUCAUUAGGAACAUGGUGCCGGAGAACUUGGUGCAGGCGUGUUUCCAGCAGGUGCAGACGUCUUACAUGAAGAAGAAAGUGGUCGUCAUUGGGAGUAGCAAUCAGAGCAACUACGUGAUGGAACCAACGUUGGUCUACAGAGACGGGACCAAUGUCAUGGGGAUGAUCAUGUUCUGCAUCACCUUCGGGCUCCUUUCCGGCCAGAUUGGACCCAGAGGGAAGCUCAUGGUAGACUUCUUCGUGGUGCUUAACGAAAUCAUCAUGAAGCUCGUCAGUAUCGUAGUACUGUGGUACUCUCCGUUUGGCAUCAUGUGCCUCAUCGCUGGAAAGAUCAUGUCCAUCACCAACUUGGCUGCGACCGCGCAAAUGCUGGGACUUUACAUGGUGACUGUGGUCCUCGGCUUGCUGAUCCAUGCGAUCGUGACGUUGCCACUGAUAUUUUGGCUCCUGACUAGGAAAAAUCCUGCCAUCUUCUUCCGCGGAAUGAUGCAAGCAUGGGUCACCGCGCUGGGAACUGCGUCCAGCGCGGCUACCUUGCCCAUUACGUUUCGUUGUCUGGAGGAGAAUAAUAAAAUCGACCCUCGGGUAACUCGGUUCGUCGUGGCUGUUGGAGCUACCGUGAACAUGGACGGCACGGCUCUUUACGAGGCCGUUGCGGCAAUAUUUAUCGCUCAGAUGAACGGAAUUUCCCUGGGGAUCGGUGAAGUCAUCACUGUCAGUCUUACUGCCACCUUGGCGAGUGUUGGAGCUGCCAGUAUUCCCAGUGCUGCUUUGAUCACGAUGCUUCUGGUACUGACUGCACUGGGAUUGCCAACGAAUGAUGUGUCCUUGCUCUUCGCUGUCGACUGGAUGCUGGAUAGAAUUAGAACGUCCAUCAAUGUGUUAGGUGAUGGAUACGGAGCUGGAAUUGUCUAUCACCUUAGUAAAGCCGAACUGGAAAAAAUGGAUGAUGAACGGAAACACGAAGGUCUUGAGGCUGGCACUCCACCGAGUGAUAUCAUCGAAUGUUUAGCUCCUUUAUCAACGAAUAAUACAGUGCAGAGUUCUGAAACGAAGAUAUAAGUGAAACUAACGACACAAGAUGCAAGAAAUUACUCCUAACACAUGACACCCGAUGAAGUCUUUUAGAUUAAAAUCGUCCUUCCAUUUUGCCGAUGGACGUUAUUAAAAUGUAAAGUAGUACGUCUGUGCAAUAAUUACCUAUAGAAAUUAUUGUUGAACAGUGUGAAAUCUGUGACAACCCCUUUUUGUAAUAUACAAUAUACAUAACGAGCAUGUUAAGUACAAACUCGAGAAAGAUCGGAAUAGAUAUUGAAAAUCUCAUUUAGGUAUUGUUACAAUUGGUAAGAUCGGCAGCAAUCCUUUUGCAAUAUGUGCUGCCUGAAUGGAAGAGAUAAAUAAUCAAACUCAUUUUUAAUUACACAAUGCAUUUUAUUAAUCUUAUAU